AUGAAUGUCACAGAGGUGUCCAAACUGUUGCAGUUCCACGUUUCUGUCAAAGUGCUGCUGUCUGUCCUUCCAUGUCUGCUCUUCCUGUAUGUUAACAGUGUCAUGAUGUUCGCCCUGCUGAAAAARCCCUUCCUCCUGGAGAGCCCUCGGUACAUUCUGUUCGGCCACCUGCUGCUCAUCGACUCUCUGCAGCUUCUGCUCACCACGCUGCUCUACCUGUUCGGCCUGACUAUGAUCCGGAUGGUGACCUGCCUGUGCGUCCUCCUCACUCAGCUCGCAGCCAUCACCGUCAAGCUGUCUCCCAUCAACCUGGCCGCCAUGUCCCUGGAAAGAUACGUUGCCAUUUGUUUCCCUCUCAGGCACGCCUCCGUCUCCACGCCCAGGGUGGCGGCCGGAGCCAUCGCCGUCAUGUGGACCGUGUCGUCCAUCGAGUCCUUCACCCAGCUCUUUCUGUUCUUCUCUGUGGACAGCGCGGGCCUCAUGGCUCAGCGGUUCUGCAGCAGGAACGCCGUGUUCCAGCUGCAGGUUUGCGUGACCCUGAACAGGGCCUUCACCAUUUUGAACUUUGUCUUGGUGACCAUCAUUAUCGUCUACACGUACGUUGCCAUCGUGGUUUCUGUGAAAAGGCCCCCRUCUUGUGCGCGGGGGGCCAAAGGUGAGCAGAAGACGGUGCUGCUGCAUGUGUUUCAGCUGUGCCUGUACCUCGUCUCCACCCUCUUCAACAUGAUCAGCUCCAGCGAGCUGCUGAACCUGAACGCCGCCCUCACCAUUCACAUCGAGUACAUCUUCUUUUUUGCUCUGGUCAUUUUCCCCAAGUUUUUGAGUCCCCUCAUUUACGGCCUGAGAGAUCAGAGCAUCAGCCACGUUUUAAAAUAUUGCAUCACAUUUGGCUGCAAAUCCACUGUCAGGCCAAAUGCCUAAUGUAGACUGCUGGAACAUGGAUGUGAAAUUUAU